AUGGUCCUCGAGAUCCAGCGCGGCGCGAGCAAAGACGAGAUUCGGCAGGCAUACCGCAAGGCUGCUUUGUCCAGUCACCCCGACAAAGUCCCCGAAGACGAGCGCCCGACUGCCGAAAUCAAAUUCAAAUCCGUCCAGGAGGCAUAUGAGAUCCUUUACGAUGAUCAGAAGCGUGAACUUUACGACCGCCAUGGCAUGAACGCGUUCAACGGCUCCGGAGACCCCGGCAUGGGUGGUAUGGGAGGUGGCCCCGAUCUCGACGACAUCCUGGCACAGAUGUUCGGUGGUAUGGGCGGUAUGGGCGGCGGUAUGCCCGGCAUGGAUCCUUUCGGCGGUAUGGGAGGCAUGCCCGGAGGUCCUGGUGCAGGCCCGCGCAAGAGCCGCGAUGAGGAGCAGGACUACGAACUCAGCCUGGUGGAUCUAUACAAGGGCAAGACUGUCAAGUUUGCCAGCGUCAAGAAUGUCAUUUGCAGCUUGUGCACUGGCAAGGGCGGAAAGGAGAAGGCCAAGGCGAAGAAGUGCUCUACUUGCGAUGGUGUUGGAUACCAAGAGGUCAUCAGAAACAUGGGUCAGUUCCUCACCAAGGCUACACAGCCCUGCACUACCUGCAGUGGACGAGGAUCAUUCUUCAGCGACAAGGACAAGUGCAAGAAGUGCAAGGGCAAGCGCACAGUGGAGGCGAAGAAGAUGCUCGAGCUCUAUAUUCCCCCAGGCUCGAAGGAGGGCGACAAGAUUGUCUUGGAAGGCGAGGCUGACCAGGUUCCCGACCAAGAGCCCGGUGAUAUUGUUUUCCGCCUGGUCCAAGAGGAGCACCCUGUCUUCGACCGUGCUGGUGCAGACUUGCGAGCUGAGAUCGAUAUCACACUAGCUGAGGCAUUGACCGGUUUCUCACGCGUCGUGAUCAAGCACCUCGACGAGCGCGGUAUCGAAAUUACUCAUCCUGCCGGCCAGAUCCUCGAGUCCGGCCAAGUUUUGAAGGUCGCCGGAGAAGGCAUGCCGAUCAAGCGCAGCGACGCUCGGGGUGAUCUGUAUUUGGUUGUCAACGUGAAGUUCCCCGAUGAGAAGUGGAAGCCCAGCCCCGCCGUCCUCGAGAAGCUCAAGGAGAUCCUCCCCAAGCCCGAUGCACCCAUCGAAGCCGCCACCGUGGAUGAAGUCAAAUAUGACCCUAAGGGCAAUAUGGAAGAAUUUGGUGCUAACAACCCUAAUGGUGGUUCUGCUUGGGAGGACGAGGAAGAGGAGGAGCCUGCGCAGUGCGCGGCUCAGUAA